GUAAUCUGUCAGGUGACAUGGACAAGCUGGAUCCUUAUGUCCGACGGAAAAUGGCCCAAAGACUAGAUCCCAGUAUUGGAGCGGACUGGCGUGAACUAGCCAAGAGACUGGGCCUAGGAACAUUGGAGAGUGCGUUCGCUAUACACUCAAGCCCGACCACACAAGUGUUGGCACAAUAUGAGGCUGCUGAUGGUAGUAUCAAGACUUUACGGCAGGUUCUUCGUGACAUGCGCAGAGGAGAUGUGUUAGAGAUCCUUGAUGGCCGCAAGUCUCCACUAUCACACGACUCGGGAUUUGAUUCAGGUCUCGGUUCCCAGUCCCUGUCGGCUUACAGAUCAGAAGAGUUGGCGUCUUAUGAGGCCGGGAGCUCCAGUGUUCCGUCUAGUUCUUCAUUACAGAAAGGAACAACAAGUCUUGAGUCUACUCGAAAGGCUGGGGGCUAUCGACCAAUCAGGCAACACCAAGAUGUGUUUUAACUCGCAGCAAUGGAUUAGAUUAGUGACGGCACGAAUUUGUUAAUCCUCAGUGGCAACAUGCAUUGCGUGACAAUGUAACGUCAGAUGCCGACAAUGUACUAUGUGUGACGCAACUCUAAGUCAACUUGCCGCAUAACACAGCCGUGAAUUGUGCAAUGUGUGACGAGCGGUCAGCUCUCUGGAGUGUUGCGUUACUUCUCCUGAUCACGUGAUAUUCAUAGCUCCAUAGAUAGUUUACAUAGACUUCAGACAAAAGAGAGGAUUUUCGUUGCGUCGAGUUGAUAUUAAAAAAGAAAAUGUGCUAAACUUUAUAAUUAUUAUUGUUUAUUCCUUACGCAAACAGUGUUUAAUUUCUACUUGGUCUAUAUCAAUAUUAUGUAAUCGCAAGUUUUGUCGUGACUUCAAAAGUCAGUUUUGUUGUAAACCUCUGUAAAAUUAAUUUGUGUGCCAUUAAUAGUACUUAUUCAUCCGUUGAUUCUUUAUCCAUUACUCGUUUUGUAACUAUUUUUUAUGGGUAAGUUAUUUGGACCCACUAAGGCUGGUGUUAACAGAAGUGUAGCAGCUCUCGUAAGCUUGUAAUUCUCUUGAUUGUUAGCAGCUGUUAUUGUUUUAGGGCUAGGGGCAUUGUUUCUGCUGUUUGUUCUAUUGUUCUCUCAAAGGGUAGCAAGCCACUCAUGUGAGACCUUACGAGAGCUGCUAAAUCACCUGGUGUUAACGAGGAAGAAUGGAUCCUUGUUUUCUGCCAUGGACUGUCUUUAAGUUUUUGCGUUGCCGAGAUGAAAAUGUCUGCCGGUGAUCUUACAGUUUUUAGGUUAGUGUAUGGGUAAUGGUAUAUGUAGAUGUACCUAAACCUCCACAAUGUAGUGAUGAUAAUAAAAAUACCAUACUAAGCUUUAAUGACUUGAAUCAAUAAAUACACUGAAAGUGAUAAAAUAGA